UCCAAGACCAGAAGAGGGUGAUGUCCUUCCUGCCUCCAAGACCAGAAGAGGGUGAUGUCCUUCCUGCCUCCAAGACCUGCCUCAGAAAGUGCUGGGUGGGGAAGUUCAGCGAAGUUAAAGAGUGCAGUGAUUUCUUCCUGGAGGGGACAACUCCAAGUCUCCCGGGUAUUUUGGUUGGUGGGACAGUCAAGGACCCGGACCGCUACAAACCGAUUUGCCAGAAGUACAAGAACAGCUACAGGUUUGCAACUCUUUACGACACGACCAACAAGAUCCCUGUGUUCUCAGCCUACACCUUCACUGGUCCUUUUAAGGGCGAAAGACCAGAUACAUGGAUGAUCGAGCCCCAGCUCAACAUGAUAAACAACAACAUAAACGACAACAGCGAAAUGAUAUUGGAUGAGGGAGAAGAUCCAUACCCAAACCAGGCUGGGAACAACGACUAUAGGGGCAACAUGGAAGAGAAAAAGUUGAGCAGAGGUCACCUCUUCCCAUGUUCACAUGCGCAUGACCAAGGAACUGAGGACUCCACCUUUACCCUGACCAACAUCGUUCCCCAGAAGGACACCUUCAACAGUGGCAGCUGGAACAAAAUGGAGUGUAAGGUCAGAAAUACUCUUAAGGAUAACUGUAAGGAUGCUAAUAACAACAUAAAGGCCUAUGUGGUGACUGGAGCAGUGCCCAGUACGAACAACACACUGAACAACCGAGUGAACAUCCCGGAUCUCCUGUGGACAGCCUACUGCUGUUACAACAACAAGAAGAAAACGUGGAUUGCCAAAGCACACUGGGGUGAGAACAAAGAGGAUGUAAAGGAAAAAAACAAAAAACAAAAUACAUUGCCUUCUGAAACCUUGGCAAAGCUGUAUGAGAAGUUGAGCGAGCACUACCCAGGUGUCCAGGUGUUCCCAGAUAAGUGUUCAGUUGAUAUUCCGAAAACGCUUCGCCUCGUGGGUGGGGAUGUACUCAUGGAUGAGGAUGUACAUGACCAUUGUGUCUAUGAUGAUGAUUGUGUCUGUUCCUCUGUGGGGAUCAAAGGUCAUUACCUACCUGUUGUAUAGUUUUCUGUGCUGGUGAUGAGGAUGUUGUAACGCGUGACUCCGUCAGGCCAAGUAGGUAAUAAUGGUCCUGGUUUAAUCUGACCUGAGUUUCAAUACUUUCUGACCAAUCAGCACAGUACUUUUCUACCAUGCUUAAUGUAGAACCACUCCACCUAUUAUUUGUAAUGUUAUUUCUCUUGUUAAAGGGCUGAUUUGGUUUUGGGUGUUGAGAUUAGAUUUGACCUGACCUGACCUGAAAUUCAAGCUGUGAUAAACAUCAUACAUGAUAAUUCAAGAACAUAUAUAUCAUGUUAAUCUCAGGAUCAACUUCAUACAAAUGUAUUUUGAAACAAAUCUUUAAAAUAAUUGGUGUGUUUACAUGCUUAGACUAGACUCACUUUGAUUACAAUAUAAUUUGUGAAUGUAUGUUUCAUCCUUCUCAUUAACAAUAAUUAAAGAACAUUUGAAUGUG